GCUGAGCCCGGGUCCCUGUAAAGAUGUCUGAGCAGGCGGGGAGGGAGCGGAGCGGAGGACCCGAAACAAGCGCGCAGAACCUGCAGCUGUCCGACACUUCCCCCGUCAAGGCAGGUCGAUGUCAUUCUGACGUGCAGCUGAGAUGUCCAAUGACAGCCAGGGAUUGGUGAAGGGGGAGGCGGCCAUGCUGAUCUCUCCCUCAGCCUCCGCCUCCUCUCAGGGACCGCCCCUUUCUCCGUCCACCGCCACCAAAACACCUGAGCUCCCAGAUGAGCUGGUCCAGGCCGGCUGGUCCAAGUGCUGGUCCCGGAGGGAGAACCGGCCGUACUACUUCAACAGAUUCACCAAUCAGAGCCUGUGGGAGGUGCCAGUGCUGGGUCAGCAUGAUGUCAUUUCUGAUCCGUUGGGUCUGAAUGCGGCUCCUGCAGAGGGUGGAGACAGUAACCUUGGUAAUGGUCAGAGGAAGAGAAGGAGCUCUGAGGAACAGGGGGUGGGGCCUAACAGCUUCAAACGUACGAAGGUGGAGCCCACCACGCCCAUCUCUCCCAGCACCCCCGGGGUCAAACCCUGGAGCUCCGCCCCUGAGGACAAACAGGCCCAGUCAGCCACACCCACGACCCCAAGCCCCGCCCCAGCACCAUACAGACCAGCAGUGAUCUACUGGGACCUGGACAUCCAGACCAAUGCCGUGAUCAGAGAACACGCCCCCGCCGCUCACCUGCCGCCCCACCCAGAGAUUGAGCUGCAGAGAGCUCAGCUGGUCACCAAGCUGAGGCAACACUACCACGAGCUGUGCCACCAGAGAGAAGGUAUUGAUCCGCCCCGGGAGUCCUUCAACCGCUGGCUGCUGGAGAGGAAAGUGAUCGAUAAAGGUCAGGACCCGUUACUGCCCAGCGACUGUGAGCCAGUCAUCUCCCCGUCCAUGUUCAGAGAGGUGAUGAACGACAUCCCCAUCAGGUUGUCUCGCAUUAAGUACAAAGAGGAGGCCCGGAAGCUUCUGUUUAAAUAUGCUGAAGCUGCCAAGAAGAUGAUCGACUCUAGGAACGCCAGUCCGGAGAGCAGGAAGGUGGUGAAGUGGAAUGCUGAGGACACUAUGAGCUGGUUGCGCAGAGAUCACUCCGCCAGCAAGGAGGACUACAUGGAUCGCCUGGAGCACCUGAGGCAGCAGUGUGGACCCCACGUCGCCGCCGUUGCCAAAGACUCCGUGGAGGGAAUCUGCUCCAAGAUCUACCAGCUGUCUGCAGAGUACAGCCGCCGCCUGCGACAGACACACCUGAGCCUGCUGCAGGAUCCGCCCACAGAGGCGUGUGCGUCGCCGCCCCAGUCCCGUCUGGUCUACUGCUACCCGGUCCGUCUGUCCGUCCCGUCGCCACCGCUGCCCCGAGUGGAGCUGCACUUUGAGAACGACGUGGCCUGCCUCCGCUUCAGAGGGGAGAUGGUCAAAGUCAACAGAGGUCACUUCAGCAAGCUGGAGCUGCUGUACAGGUACAGCUGUAUAGACGACCCUCGCUUUGAGAAGUUCCUGUCCAGAGUUUGGUGCCUCCUGAAGAGAUACCAGGUGAUGUUUGGCAGCGGCGCCAACGAGGGGACGGGCCUGCAGGGGGCGCUGCCGGUGUCCGUGUUCGAGGCGCUGAACCGACAGUUUGGUGUUUCCUUCGAGUGUUUCGCCUCGCCGCUCAACUGCUACUACAAACAGUUCUGCUCUGCCUUCCCCGACAUCGACGGCUUCUUCGGAUCCAGAGGGCCAUUCCUGUCUUUCUGUCCCGUCAGCGGCUCCUUUGAAGCAAAUCCUCCGUUCUGUGAGGAGCUGAUGGAUGCCAUGGUGACACACUUUGAGGACCUGUUGGACCAGUCCUCGGAGCCCCUGUCCUUCAUCGUCUUCGUGCCAGAGUGGCGUGACCCGGUGACGCCGGCUCUGACCCGUAUGGAGGCCAGUCGGUUCCUCCGCCACCAGCUGAGCGUUCCGGCCUACGAACACGAGUACAGAUCAGGCAGCCAGCACAUCUGCAAGAGGGAUGAGAUGUACUACCGGGCGGUACACGGUACUGCAGUACUCUUCCUCCAGAACGAUGCCGGUUUUGUGAAGUGGGCUCCGACUCCGGAGCGUCUGGCCGAGCUGACGGCAGCAUACCGCCCCUCCCUGCCCCGCACCUCCUCCCUGUCCUCACCUGGCCCCGCCCACAUUGUACCUGGAGACAGAGACUCUGCCCCCAAGGCCUCUGAUAGGACGCAGAGCGCUGUGGCGCCACCUGGUGGCCACGACAACAACAAUAACAGCAGCAGUGGUGGCAGCAGCAGUAGCAGUCCUCGAGACAAGAUAGCUGCUGUGUAGAGGGGGCGGGGCUUGUGGUGACCACGCCCCCUUUGUGUUCCUGACCGUCGUUUCGUCCCUUCAGAUUGUCCCUCACCAGCACCUGUAGCACCCUCAGUUCAUACCCACAAUGCCCUUCUGCCACUGCCAGCAGGGGGCAGGGCCUGAUUGACCCUGUUGUCUGAUUGGCUCACGCUGUGUCCCUCAAUCUGGUUUGUCCCUGCUGACUACACACGAUCUUAUUGGUUGAAACUCUGCAGCUGACUCAGUUGUGGUUGAAGCCAAUCAGAAAACGUAAAUCAGCGACUCAUCGGAGCUCCACCAAUGAAAACCUUUUCACUCACCUGUGAUGUCACGUGUGAUGGGGCCACUGGACGUCCUCUGAUUGGUCCCCACACUGACAGGGCUCAGUGAUUGGUCGACAAGGCAGCUAUCGUUUCUAUUGGACUCAAGCGGCGUCCUGUUUUUGGCCCCGCCCCCUCUGACUGCCUGGCUCCACCUCCUAUGACGGCCUGGCCCCGCCCCCUCUGACGGCCUGGCCCUGGUGGAUUGUGGGAAAGAGAUGAUUCGGCGUAUUCUCUGGGGACGAGGCAGGUUGGAACUGGGAGUCUGGUUCAGACUGGUGAGGAGGACGGACUCCUCAGAGGGGCAGAGUCACUGCCGCAGAGGGGGCGGAGCCACAGAUGUUCCUCCAGGUGUUCGAGUUCUUUAAUCAGCAGUUUGUGUUUCGUCUAAAGUUCAUGUGUUUACAAUUUUCUCAACAUUUAGUCAUUUUUUUCUUAAUUCGUCUCACAUUUUACGUCUUAGUUUGAGGUUUUCUGAUUCUUUUGUAAAUAUCAGCCUAAACUGAUUCUGGAUUUUUGGGCAGACGCUGACUUGUAGCGAGUUAAAUAUUCAGAUCUAUUAUUGUAUCUCGGUGAAUCUGUUCACCGAAAUAGAAUAUGUUGGUCUAGUUUUUAACCUGGUGACUCCACACCGCUGUCUGCUCCGCUACAUGUGCUGCUCAGUGCUGUAACCAGUGGAGCCAUCCCUGCUGGACAAAGGUGUGAUGACGUGUUUCUAAAUUAUCUUCUGUUCCUAUACGAUCUGUCUAUGAUCAGCUGAUAUGAUCUAUCGCUGAUCAGCUGAUACAAUCUGUCUAUGAUCAGCUGAUACGAUCUAUCGCUGAUCAGCUGAUACAAUCUGUCUAUGAUCAGCUGAUACGAUCUAUCACUGAUCAGCUGAUAUGAUCUGUCGCUGUUCAGCUGAUACGAUCUGUCCGUGAUCAGCUGACGGAUGUAUCGGUCGGUUUGCAAACUAAUAUUUCAACCUCCGCUUGAAACAUUCUUUUCUUCGAUCAUACGUCUGUUUUUGUUAACGAAAUGUUAAAAAUUAUAGCUUUUCUCUAAAUUUCACUAAAAUUCAUUCAACUUUCUUCUUUUUUCUUUAAAGACUUUCUUAGUUUGUGUUUCUCAUCUUUUUUGUGUGUUUUAUGAAAUUAGUGAUUUGUUGUAUUUUCAUGUUUGUUUUCUCGGGUAAAUAUUCAGAUUUCUUCAGAUAAAAACUGGUUUUAUUGUGUUUUUCUGAAAGUCUUUCAUUGAAACCUAGAAUGAAGGCUCUGUGGCUCCUCCCCCUUUGUAACCCAGCGUUCUGAUUGGCUGCGGGUCCUCUGAGGCGUGUGUAGAUAGUGUACAGUGGAACUGAUCUGGAGUCUGUUGAUGUUCUUUUGUAGUUAUACUGAUUGAAAACAGUUUUUAUUUGAUUUAAUUUAAUGUUUUUAAAGAGACGUCUGUGUAUUUACAGCCUCAUAGUUUGUUUUCAACUAAACCAAAGUGUUAUUAAGAAGAUCUCUAUCUGUGUGUACAGUCCGGUGUGUAGAGCUCAGCUGGAUUCUCCUCUGUUAGUCCUCAGUUUGUCCUUUGCUCUGCUUUUAUGUCUGUUUUUAUUUUCCUGGUGCAUGAACUGUUUGGACUCUAAAUGAUGUUCUCCUGAUCUGGACCGUCGGAACAAUCACCAACAUGUUCCUCCACCGGUUCCCUUCACCUGGUUCAGUGUUUAAAGGAGCAGCCCCACAUUUUGGAGUUCUGGAGCAGCGCUAGAAGUUUCCCCCUGCUCCCAGUGUUUGUGCUAAGCUAGGCUAAUGUAGGACUGUUCCUCUGUUUGGUACCGAGCUGCAGGAAGAAGACAAACUGGAGAAGUUCUGUUGUUUUUAUCGGGUCUGUGCAGUCUCUCCUAUAGAACCAUUCUAACACCUGAUCUGUCAUCGUUUCGUUAGUUUUCUGUCAUGAAGCCGAGGACACAAAGUUUCCUGAUCAGAAAGUUCAGACUGAUUUCACCUCAGAGCUGCUCCUGAAGUCUUGGAACAUCUGAGAUCCUUCUGAACUGAUCCAAACAGAGGAACCGUCUGAACCUUCUGAUCCGCCUCGUAUCCACAGAAAGCUCUGGGUUUGGUUCAGAUUAAAUGUUUCUUAGAGGAAAGGUCGUAAAGAUCUAAAGGUUUAUCUCCUGGUUUGUGUUCUUGGUGUUUGUUCGCUGAGCUCCAGAACUGAAACAGGAAGUGGGGUCCUCUGAGCUACAGAAUGUAAAUACAGUGUGUCCUUCGUCCUGCCUGCGGACAGAAUGCAGCUUCUCUCCCAGUAAAAGUAUAUCCAGCCCAGUCCAGCCAGUUCCUGUUGUCCUUCUGCGUCACUCACAUGAAGCUGAACCAGAAAAAAACUGUUUAUCAAACACGAAUUACGCUAAACAUUCGACUGACGGUAGCUCCACCUCUACUGGAGGGGAAAACAUCCUGGUUGAAGUUUUAUUUCAGCAGAACCAACACGUUUAGAUGGAAGAGAACCAGAAAUGCAGAGUUCAGACUAUGAUUCACAGAGAACAGCUAUAUAACAAUAAGUUUAACCCUCAUGUCGUCUUGCGGGUCAAAACUGACCCAUUAAAGUUUGAAAAUGUGGAAAAAAAAAAAUUCACAGUGAAACUUCUGCUUUCCACAUUUGCAACAUUUUUUGGGAAAUCUUUGAACAUUUUUGGUGGGAAAAAAAUGUGAAAAUGUAUCAAAUUGUGUGUUUUAUGUUCCUUGUCGCCCCCCCCCCCCCCCAUCUCUACCUCUUCCCCUCUACCUCCAUCCCUCUAUCUCUACCUCUCUACCUCUUCUGUCCCUCUCAACCCGCCCGGCCAGCAGCAGAUGGUUCCCCCCACAUUAGAGCCAGGUUCUGCUCGAGGUUUUUUUCCCUGUUAAAAGGGUGUUUUCCUGCCACUGUCUCCUUAGGGCUGCUCUGGGGGUCAGGCAUGUGGGUUCUGUAAAGCAUCUCUAGACAAUUUGACUGUAAUUGGCGCUUUAUAAAUAAAAUUGAAUUGAAAAUUGAA